GAGCUCAGGGUGCCUCCACCAUGGCCUGGACCCCCCUCCUGCUGCCCCUCCUCUCUCUCUGCACAGGCUCCGUGACCUCCUAUGAGCUGACCCAGCAGGCUUCAGUGUCCGUGGACUUGCAACAGAUGGCCAGGAUCACCUGCUCUGGAGACCUACUGGACAAAAAAUAUACUCAGUGGUACCAGCAGAAGCCAGGCCAGGCCCCUGUGCUGGUCAUUUACAAAGAUAGUGAAAGACACUCAGGGAUCCCUGAGCGAUUCUCUGGCUCAAGCUCAGGCAAGACAGCCACCCUGACCAUCAGCGGGUCCCAGGGAGACGAUGAGGCCGACUAUUACUGUCAGUCAUAUGACAGCAGUGAUAAUUGGGUGUUCGGCGGAGGGACCCAUCUGACCGUCCUAGGUCAGCCCAAGGCCGCACCCUCGGUCACCCUGUUCCCGCCGUCCUCUGAGGAGCUCACCGCCAACAAGGCCACCCUGGUGUGUCUGAUCAGUGACUUCUACCCGGGCAGCGUGACGGUGGCCUGGAAGCAAGAUGGCACCACCGUCACGCAGGGCGUGGAGACCACCAAGCCCUCGAAGCAGAGCAACAACAAGUACGCGGCCAGCAGCUACCUGACCCUGUCGCCCAGCACGUGGAAGUCUCACCGCAGCUACAGCUGUCGGGUCACGCACGAGGCGGGCACCGUGGAGAAGACGGUGUCCCCCUCCCAGUGUUAGGCCCCCGGGCCCCCACCCUCGGGGGCCUGGAGACACAGGACCCCCGGGAGAGUCUCCCCUCCCACCCGGGGCCGCCCAGCCCUUCCUCCUGCACCAAUCAGCUCUCAAUAAAAUGUCCUCAUUUCAUUCAGAAA